CGCAGAGCAUGGAACAACUCGCGUGUCGAUGAUCGAUCGGUCUUCGUCGUAAGUCACGAUCUGCGGUGAUUUACGCGUGUCCGCACGCGUCUUUAGUUGUUGGCGAGUUUAACGUUUUGACUGAGUUGUUGGGGAUAUCUUUGGGUCGUUUGUAAUCGGGGUUUUUUUGUUGUUGAACGGACGAUUUGAUUUUAGUUUGCGCUGUUAGCGAAAUCACACUGUUGAAUGUUUUUAUCGAGUUCGUUUUGUAUUGUAACACAGUAAGUACAUAACAACAGUGCACCUAAACUGCCGCACGUUUUGAGACAGAAGUUCACUGGUAAAAAAAAAACCGCUUUUGUAUUUGCAUACAUUUGCGGACAACUUUAAUAUUUAAGUGAAUGUCGUAAGAAAAUAUAACUUUAAGAUAACUCAAAUACGCGUAUUGACUGCCGGGAGCAAGAUCUGUUGGCGAGCAGCAUUCGAGGUUGGCAAGGCGUUAGGAGAAGGCGGUAGGGUGACACGUACACACACACACACGCGUCUGUAGACACACGCGUGUGUACACACACGAGUACACACGGCGUGAACACACGCACGCACGUACAUACGGACACGUGUGCGCACACACACAUGCGUACACACGCGUGCAUACCUACGCACGCGUGUAAACAAAGACACGUACGUACACUUAACGACGCCUUCGUUUGCGCGUAAGACGCAUUACGACGCACAGACACAAGCGAGCGCACGCGAAAAGACAAAGACCACCCGUACAGUCUACACAGACGGUUGGGGCAAGUGCUAUCACACACACACGCGCGCACUACAGCAUACGCGCGAUGGAACCAUCCCCUGCGUCGGAUCGUGGCGGCGAUGACGGGGACGCGCUGGAGCGGUUCCUGGCCGCAGAGGAGCGGGCCCACCCGGGCCGAGUGCCGCCCGGGCUGUUCGGCAUGGGGGCCACCCUGGUCGCAUUGGCUCGGUGGGACGCGGAGGCCUUGCGUGGCCACGUGGAGCGGUGCAGGGGGGCCCUGGAGCGCGCCCUGAACCUCAUGGCACAAGUCCCUCGAGAGGAGCGGACAGCGAACGGCACCGAUGAUUUCGCCAGACACCAGGGCUACCUGAGCUCGCUGGCCGAAGCCCUUGGAGACGCGGCCUCGCGCUUGGACGCGGCGUGGAACGUUCGAGACGCGCGCUGCCCCGACAAAGUCGACGAGAAACAAGGUGGAGGGAGAACAACAUUGCCCGUGGAGCGAGACAACCACGAGGAGGACGAGGAGGAAGGAGGACGGAUCGAGAAGGAAGGCGGCACGCGGCUGUCCCAUUCGAACGGGUUUCCUCUGGACGCUGCCGAUAACUUGGUGGGAGCAGGAGAAAAGUCGUCCACCGUCGGGAACGACACGGCACGGGGACGCGCAGAGAAUGGCGCGGGCGAGGUGGAGUACCCUGCGGAGAAGUCCCUGGCGUCGGGCGGAGGAGUCGCAAUUCGGAGCCGAGAGGACGUCUCCCAUCGCGGAGAAGGAUCCCCCGCGGACAGAGGCGGAGGAGAUUGUACACACGACGGAGAGGCGCAGAGAGCGACGAGUAUUCCUGCCGAGAUAGAUGCCACAGAACCGGCGCCCACUUCAUCAUCGUCGUCGUCAUUAUCCAUCACCUCACUUGAUCCAAAAUCUGGAGACGCGAGGAGUCAUGAGAAUGGAGGUGACAACGGCGCUUGCUGUCCCCCUGAAAGCCAGGCAGACGCAGCACGGCAGCUCUCGGCAGGGCCUGGGGAUGCAAGGCACCUCGACAGGAUUCUGGAUACAUCUCCGCGCGGGGAUGAGGUGGGGGACGCGGCGACUCCCCGCGGUGACCACGGCUAUGAGACAUUGGCCAACGGGUGGUGCAGGCGAGCGCUGCUCGCAGCGCCGGAACCCGGGCUCGAACCCGAGCUGGCGUGCUACGCGACGGCUCCGUUCUUCGUGGCCAACAAGCUGGCGUGCGAGCUCGCGGGCCACUACAGCCCGCUGGCGGUGGCGGCCGAUGACGGCGAGGAGCUCGUUAGUCACGUGGUGAGCGUUCGCUGCCUCGACUCCCGGAUCAAGCUGCCCUCUCCGAUCACCGUGGCCGUGCCGUACUCGGCGCGUUACCGCGGGGCGAGCCGCGACGUCGCCCUGCGCGUCUCACCGGACGGGCUGCGGUGGGACCUGCUGGCGUCGGUGACGGUGGAAUUGUCACACGAGGGACGCAAGGUGAGCUGCGCCGAGGCGCGGUGCUACGGCCUGGGCCUCCUGGCCGUGGUGUCGCGGCCGCGCGCCGAGCUCGUGGACGUGCCGAGGCGCGGCGCGCUGCACCGCUCCGCCGUGGACGGGCGCAUCACCGCCGCCUACCCGCCCGGCACCUUCGCCAUGAACGUCGUGGCCAGGCACAAGAUUCAACCGGUGGAAACGGCGGCUCUGGCGGCAGCGCGGGAGGGCGACUCUGCCCUCCGGGCCGUUGCCAGCUGCAGCCCGCUGCUGCACUUGGCUUACCCGUUGGGCCAGGCCUUCCGCAGGCCCGUGGCCAUCACCCUGCCCUGCCCGCCGGCCCCUGAGCACAAGCCCACGGGGACCGGGGCGGACGGGCGGGGACCGGCGCCGCCAAACCGCGCUGGCACCCGCGACCCGGUGGAUCGCGCUCACACGGCCGGGGCCACCAGAUCGGCGAGCUCGCGGAGCAGAGAGCACGGAGGUGGCGACCUCCGCCUGUUGGUGCAGCGCAGCGCCGAGCCCACGGCGCCGCCCGAGUGGGAGGUGCAGGACUGCGCGUCGCUGCGCAACCUGCACAAGGGGUUGGUCACCCUGGAGCUCGACUCGCCCGUGCGCAGGCUGCUGGUUGCGCGCGUCUCUUCGCCCGUCGACGUGGCUCUCCUCGCCCGCUUUGCCCGCGGCGUCGAGGCGGCGCUGUCGUCCACCGCGUGCUGCCUCGUGGCGCGGUGCCGGGCCUCCGACCCCCGCCGCCUCGGCCUGCGUCUCGUCGCCGCGCGCGACGCCGACCGCGAGUCGGAGCGCCUGGCCGAGGAGGGCUACGACGGCGCUCCGUCCCUGACCUCCGUCUUCACCAUGCGGGAGGGCGAGCAGCUCGUGGCGAAGGUCACGGGGAACGUGGCGGCGGCCGUCCCGGGCGUGGCGGGGGCCGCGCCAGACUCCGCGUGCGCCACGCUCACGUUCCACGCGCAGAGGCGCUCCGCUGCGCUGCUGGAGCUGAGCGCGCGCGACGAGUUCGCCAACCGCAGCUCGCCGCACUACAAGGGCGCGGCGCUCUUCUUCCGCAGGGACCGCGGACAGAUCGAGGCCGGGGAGUGGCCCGCGGCCCACGACGGCAGCCUCGCGUGCUGCAGGCUGCCGCUCGCCUUGCCAAAGAAAGAACGACUGCUCAGCCGCCCCGCGAGCUCCAGGAUGCUGAGCUUGGAUCAAGACGGCAGCGGCGGCGCGUGGCUGGGCUUGGUGUCGGAGCUCUCGGAGCGAGACUCGCGCCGCCUCGCCGGCUCCCUGCGUCUGCGCCGCGCCACCCUGCAGUCCCGGGGCCGCUCGGCGCAGCGCGCCCGUUCCUUCGACACCGACCCCGGCGCCGCCGGCGGCGAGCCGACCCCGUCCUCGUCCGCCGCCGCCACGGAGGGGAUGAUGGCGGCCCUCGCGCACUGGCGGGGCGGCCUGCCCGCCUGGGCGGACAAGCGGGCACUGCUCGCCGAGCACCUGGCGCGCGCCGGCCGCUGGGACCUGGCCGCGUCGCUGCAGAGGGGCGAGCUACUGCCCGGGGUCGCGGCGAGGGGGGUCGCGGGCCGCGCCGUCUCGGCGGACAGGGUCCUGGUUCACGGCGUCGCGCUCGAUCGCGUGUAG